AGCCGUUGAUUGUUUAAUGAUUAGACCUAAUGUACACUAGCACACACACGAUAACCGCUGAGUGGACUAUAAACAUAGUCUACCUGUAGUCGGAAAAAAAAUCUCGAUCGAAAUAAAAAUAUCUUCGCGUCGUCGUCGUCAUCGUCAUCGUCCUUCUAGGGUUUACUCAAAGCUCUUUCCUGCUCCCAGUAACCAUGAGUCACCAUCCGGAAGUGAAGUGGGCAGAGAGAGAGGAUAAGGUUUACUUAACCGUGCUAUUGCCUGAUGCUAAGGAUGCGGAUGUUAAGCUUGAUCCCGAAGGUGUUUUUGAGUUCUCUGCCAAAGCUGGACCGGAGAACCAGGUUUAUGAGCUUAAGCUCGAGCUUAAUGAUAAGGUCAAUGUAGAGGAAAGCAAAAUCAACAUUGGAUUGAGGAGCAUAUUCUGCAUCGUGGAGAAAGCAGAGCCGAAAUGGUGGGGUAAGCUGUUGUGUGUUGGAGGGAAGCCGCCUCACUAUGUGAAAGUUGAUUGGGACAAGUGGGUUGAUGAGGAUGAAGAUCCCGCCACUGGUCCUGGAGAUAUGGAUAUGGGCGGAAUGGGUGGAAUGGGCGGGAUGGAUUUCUCGAACUUUGGUGGAAUGGGAGGUAUGGGUGGUAUGGGAGGUCUCGAGGGGCUUGGUGGUAUGGGUGGAAUGGCCGGGCUUGAAGGGCUCGGUGGAAUGGGCGGUCUUGGUGGGAUGGGCGGUAUGGGAGGGCCUGGUGGAAUGGGUGGUAUGGAAGAAUUUGAAGAUAGUGAUGAUGAAGGAGAAGAAGUCAAGUCUGGAGAGAAAAAGGAGGAAGCUCAAGCCCCUGCUCCUGCAACAGAGGAGACGAAAACCGAAGAGCAAACAACUGUUAAGAGUGACAAAUGAAGACACUAUCCUGAAACCUGGCUAACCAAGAGUUGUUUAUGAAAACCGCUUGUUGGUUUGUUCGUUUUAAAUCUUUUCCCUCUGCUUAUUUUUUACUUGUUGGAUUGUUGAAUUCCCGAUUCGGGUCUUGUAUGGUUUGCUCUUCUUAUAGUAGUAUCAUUGUUAUUGUUGUUGUUGAACUUGGAAUAUUUUUGUUGCUUGUAGCGAGUGGACUUAAAAGAGUUUGUGAGAAGAAGCU